AUGGAGUACUCUGUAACCAAAAAUGCCAUUUUCUGUUUUCCCUGUUCUUUCUUUGGAGCAGCUAGCAUUGGAACUUGUAGACCAGAGAAAUUAUUCACUACUAAAGGUUUCAGUGAUUGGAAACAUGCUACAGGGUCCACUGGAGUCUUGUUCAAGCAUCACAACUCAAGCUCUCACCAACAAGCAACUGUUGCGUGGAAGCAGUUUCAGCAAACAUCACUGACUGGGUUUGUCACUGAACAGCUUGGAACCUUACGUGGUCAUAGGGAGAAUGCAGAUUCCACUAAUAGAGGUAAUUUCCUGGAAAUUCUCUCUCUCCUAUCAAAGUAUGAUGAUAUAGUUCGUGUUCGACUUGAGAAGGGUCCUCGUAAUGCCAUUAACACAUCACAUAGCAUUCAGAAUACGAUCAUCAACCGAAUGGCUACUAUAGUGAGAAAUAAAAUUUGUGACUGCAUCCAACAAGCUGGAUAUUUCUCUAUCUUAGUAGACGAGACCAAAAACAUAAGCAAAAAUGAGCAGAUGUCUAUUUCAAUUCGCUACUUAGAUCAAGACAGCCAUUCCAUUAAAGAGUGCUUCCUCACUUUUGUUAUAGCUUCAAAUCUCACAGCUGAAUAUCUAUCAAAGUACAUUCUUGAUACACUUUCAUUGUAUAAUCUUGAUGCUAAGUUACUUGUUUCUCAAGGAUAUGAUGGAGCAUCUGUUAUGAGCGGUUGUGUCUCAGAAGUACAAAAACGUAUCAGAGAUGUAGCUCCUCAGGCUAUUUAUGUCCACUGCCAUGCUCAUUGUCUCAAUUUGGUACUAGUUGACUGUGUCAAAAGUAACUCCCAUUGUUCUGAUUUCUUCUCCCUUCAAUCACUUUAUAACUUCAUGUCAACCAGCAAAUCUCAUGUUGUUUUUAUGGAGAAGCAGAAGGAACUUUAUCCAGAUAAGCAGCCAACGCAGUUACAAAGUCUGUCUGAAACACGGUGGGCAUGCAGGUACUUGUCACUAGAAGCUAUUGUCAGUACAUUUGAUGCUGUACUAGCAACACUGGAGAGUAUAGGAGAAGGAAGUGACAAACAGAAAGCAGUUGAAGCUUCACUGUCUGAUCAAAUGCAGAGCUCUCAACUAGAUUACAUCAGUGCUGCUCAACUCAUAGCAUCAACAACUGAAACUCUAAAGGAAAUCAGAACUGAUGAAUGUUGGGAUCAAACAUACAAAUACAUACUAGAAGUGGCAGCAUUGCAUGGUAUCGAAGUUGAGGACAGAAGAUGA